AUGGCGGUCAGUGACUGGGAUGCUGCGCUCGGCGCAGAGCUCGAAGGGUCAAACAUUUUUUCCUCUGAGAUUGCGGAGUGCGAAGAGUACAGGACACCCAGCACAUGCGAGUCAGAUGAAAGUACGGAUGUGAGACCUUCUGUUUGGUGGUCAGCAGUUCUGAUGAAAGCAGCUGAGAAUAUUGGUUUGGUCGCUGAUGCACAGACGCCUAGCCAGGCUGCCAAGGUACAUGUGGUCUCAGGCUGCAGCGGUGGCUGUGCUGAAGCUUGGGCUUUCAAGGCUUGGGCAUUCGAUUGCGCAUCUUACGUUCUGGGAGCUGUUGUAGGAGCCCUUCGCAUCGGCUUCGAGAUUGUUUCCGCCUCGGAGAUGAAUCAAGACUUCCGACGCUUCUGCCUCUUGAAUGAUGGGAAUCAUUGCCGGCACUUUUACACUAGCCUGGAGGCACAGUUGGCAUGCGAUGUACCGUGCUUCUUGUGUGUGGAGCAGAAUGCUGCGAAUACUUGCACUGGGCAUUUGGAGGGUCCAGGCGUGGACUUGUUGGUAACAGGGACGCCCUGCGACCCAUUUUCUGUGCAGCGAGCCACGCGGUUUGCAGACUCACCAUGGUGA